AGUCUUCUCAGUCUUCACUAGCCAUAUCUUGGCAAUGGAUUUUAACACAGUCUCACUGUAACUACAGUACACAUAAAGUGUUCUUUACACAGCCACACUUAUACAACUAACUAUUUUCUUUACAACCUGGCUUUCAACUCUCAAAUGACAACUCGCAGGGUGAUGAUCAUUUCACACCAAACUCCUAGCCUUCUAUGUAAGUUCUAAGGUUUUCUUCCUAGCCUUCUCUUCACAGGCUGGCUUUCAACUGACAUCUGAACUGGUUGCCCCAAUUAUCUUCUUUAUAACCACUUUGUGCAGACCGAAUAGAAAGAGUCACCGUUUAGCAAUGGGUCUAUAUGCCACGUGGCUCCCUCCUUAAGGCUAUUCGUCCCGAGCAGCCUACAGGUGUAGCACCAUUUCUCUUUUCCAAGGGCUGUGCUUGUGACAUCUCUUACCGGCUUCACCUUCCUCCUUGUUUGUUCGGUUUUUUGCGGUGUUUACUCUCCAACUUCUCCUGCUGCUCCCCCUUGAGACCACUUUUCUAGAGUGGCUACCUUAUAAGGUGCGAACCGGUCCAGGUUUAUCACAAUUAUCUUCCAGUUGGUGCGGCCAAAAGUUCAAAAAGCUCCUAGAAUGUGUGCCGUCUCUUCUUUUGUUUUGAAAGGAGGGGGGCGACACCCCACAAUGUCCAGUCACUCAUUUUUGCAGUCUAAUGGAGGUCCCGACUAUUUGCUUUGUGACAUCCAGCUCUACGGUCUUCCUGAAAAUUCUGCCAAGUGCUGUCUCCUCCAUCCUAUGAUGCCUUUGCCGGUUGUCCUUUCCUUCCUCAGACAUAGUUGCUCCUUAACAUCUCAGUCCCUCAUACCACUGCUACUUCCUUGGUGCGUCCGUUGUCCCCUCUUGAAUGUCCAUCUUUAAGGGCUCCUCUUGCCACCUGGUCCCUGAUGACUGUCCCUUACACAGUGCAGGAAUGGCACGGCAGUUCAUCCCCGUGCAGGCGGCGACCAACUUCUUCCAGGACCCACCAUUGCCCUGGGUUCAUUUCAAUUCCAGACUGUGACAUCUUACAGCUAGGUCCAGGUCCGCAUGCCACUUCAUUAUCUGACAAUUUUCACUGCAACCUCUUCCUUAGAGACUUCCUCAUGCACCACCAUGAACUCCCCUUAGGUUGGCUCCUUACUCUCCAGACAGGCCCUUGCCAGUGCAAUCAUUCUCAGGCCCAAGUCCUGUGGGACUCAUGACCACAUUUUACUGUCUCAGAUUCAAGACUCCCCUAACCUGGAGGGGCAGGUUCCCAUUUCUUGAAGUUGCUUGGUUGCAGUGACACAGGCAAUCCUGUGAGAACUGACUAGAUAACUCUUCUUCCAGCAGUUCCUCUAUUGUUGAGUGUGUAACUGUUGCUGUGGUCAUGCAGCGGUUAUUGAUCAUUGAAUAGCAACAAAUGCUCGCUCAAAAGUGACAUCAUGUGUUUACCGUGCUGUAACCUAGCAGUGGAUGUGUUUUCUGAUUAAACUAUUCCAGCUUUCUGUGGACAUACCACAAUAUAAUGCAUUUGUGUGUUACUGUUAAGUUCUAUGGAGAAGAUUUUGAAUCCAAUUAAAUCAAGAUUGCGGUGCCAUACUUGUAAUCUCUAUGUCUGCUGUCUAGAAAGUACAUUAUAGCUGAAGAUGGAAAUCCUUAAUAUACUGAUGUGAAAGAGUAAAAUUACUUGUGAUGUACACAAGUUUAUGAAUUCUGAAACCAUGAAUAAGUUUUUAAAUAAAAUUCCAGUGACUGCAUUAAAGAAAGCUUGUCUAUCCUGUUGCUGACUUUAUGAAACUGAAAUCAAGUAUAGUAGUAUGUGUACAAUGGGUUUUAUUCUCUUAGCAGAAGCAUUAUAAUGAUAAGAAGAUUAGUCAAUCAGAGAGUCAUAAAAUAUUGUACCAAAUAUAGUUACCUAAUAUGAUGCAAAUAAUUACAUGAUUUCAUGUAAUGGAGUAGAGCCUUCAGUGAAGGAAAGAGAUAUAUGAAUAAAUUCGGUUCAGGAGAAGGAAAGAAUAGUAGAAAAGUGAUUACUUACCUGGAAAUGAAAAAUAAAAUUCUUUCAACAAGAAUUACGGAAAGAGUUUUUCGUCACAUAAACAUUUUGAACUGGCUGCCACAAUACAGCAAACAAGAUGGAAUUGGAGACUUCAUUGCAGGAAUAACAGUUGGGCUUACAAUGAUGCCACAGAGUAUUGCUUAUGCAUCAUUAGCUGGCCUGAGUCCUCAGUUUGGACUGUAUUCAGCAUUUUUUGGAAGUUACUUGUAUGUUGUGUUUGGAACAAUCAAGGAAGUUUCAAUUGGACCAACUGCAGUGAUGUCAUUGCUAACAUAUGAGUUCACAAAUGGCCUUGGUAUAGAAUACAUUGUACUACUGACAUUUCUAGCUGGAUGUGUUGAACUUAUUAUGGGUUUACUUAAUUUGGGAUUUUUAAUAGACUUCAUCUCCACACCAGUUAUAUCUGGAUUUACAUCUGCCUACUCUGUCAUCAUCAUUGUAUCUCAACUAAAAUCACUUUUUGGUUUACGCAAGUUCAAGACAAAAGGUUUUAUUGACAAUAUCAGCAAGCUCGCAGUUCACCUGCAUGAAACCAAGAUUUGGGAUGCUGCCUUGGGAAUUUUUUGUAUUAUAUUUUUGCUGAUUCUCAGGAAAGCAAAAGAUGUCCAUCUGGAAUCUCCUGGAGAUGCAAAUUUAACCACACAUCAAAAGAAGAUAAAAAAAUGUUUAUGGUUUAUCUCCAUUUCUCGCAACACAAUUAUAGUGCUUGUCUCAGCAGUCCUUGCAUUCUUGUUUGAAACAGCUGGUCUCUCACCAUUCAUCUUAUCAGGGCAAAUUGAGUCAGGUCUUCCACCAUUUCAUUUUCCGGCUUUCUCAAUACAAGAGAACAAUUCUACAAUCACGUUCCCUGAGAUGUGUUCAGAACUUGGCCUAGGCAUCAUAGUGAUUCCUGUGGUUGCCAUAUUGGCUAAUGUGGCAAUAGCGAAAGCUUUUGCUACUGGCCCAUCAUUUGAUGCAACCCAAGAAAUGUUGACCCUUGGAGUUUGCAAUAUAUUUGGGUCAUGUGUCUGCUCCAUGCCAACAUGCGGGGCUUUCACGAGGAGUGCAGUGAGCAGUGCAAGUGGAGCUAGAACUCCCAUGGUGGGCCUGUAUUCAGGAACCCUGAUUGUGCUAGCACUCAGCUUACUUACUCCUUAUUUCUACUACAUUCCAAGAUCUACACUAGCAGCUGUCCUUAUUUCUGCAGUUGCUUUCAUGUUGGACUGGAAUAUCUUGAAGAUUUUAUGGAACUGUAACAAGCGUGAUCUGUUCCUGGUGGUGUUAACAUUUGUGUCAUGCCUGGGUCUUGGAGUGGAGAUUGGUUUACUGAUUGGAGUAGUCACAAAUGUGAUUUUCCUGCUCUACCUAUGGGCUCGACCAACAGUAAGCAUCAUUACAUGCAAGCUUGCAACCUGGGUGUCUGUACUGCUACACAUGCGCUGCCUAAUCACCGAUCACCAUAGCAGCUCCAACAUCCAUUUGUUGGGACACCGCACAGCGGCAAGGGUAUAAACAUGCUGGCCUCUGACCUGCUAGCAUCAGUCACAUCAGUCAUAUCAAUCACGCCUAUGCCUGCAUCCAGAGACCACUGCAGUAGCAACACUUCUAGCACAUCUAGUACCAACAUCACAGCUGACUCUACCAGUGAUUGCCAGCCCACGCACCAUAGGUCUGCCAGCCAGACACAUUGCUAUCCCACCAGCUCCCAAUGACUGGGCUGCAGCAAAGAACAUCAGGCUGCUACAAGGAACCAUGCCAUGCUGGCUAACACACAGCAACAAAGGCUUCGGACAAACUGCCCUUGUCAGGGCCUCCAGUAGCACUGUUAUCGCUAGACAAGGCUAGCUGCUACAAAAGGGGUCUCCACCAGUAUUCUUCAGACACACUCCCCGUUCAUCUGUAAUACGUGUUCUAAGCACAAUAAACAUUUGUUGUUAUAGUUUCAUGUGGUUGUCCCAGCGAACAUUGACAUCCCACAGCACUUAUUAUUAAAUAUACAUAUAUUGAUCAGACGAUGGAAUAUCAAUCUAAAGGAUGCAGCUUUCCAUUUUAGUUUCCUGCUUUCUUGAUACCACAAAAUGGUGCAGAUCCAUAGACUUUCACAACUGCCUUGGUAUCCUGCAAUGUAGCAAAUGGUAUUCUAUUUUUCAAGACAUUUAGAAAACUUAUCUUUACAUUUAACUCAAUCAUGUUAAAACCUACUUCAAAUGUGAUAGUAUACAUAUUGUGGUCUUCUGGUUAAGCCUCCAUUAGCUGGUGGGUGUGUACCUGCAUUUUGUCGGACCAUGCUGCCUCCAUCUUCUAUCAGAAGUCAGAAGCAAGAAGUUCCUCCUAAGUGUAAGUCCCACACUACCAGACUACACUGUACCAUAAGACAGAAGACCACAGUAUGACUCUUUACCAUGAUGAAAACUUCAAAUAAUGUACUGUAUAUUUGUACUUUUGUUAAACAGAUUAUUUGACUGUAAUGUAUCUUGUAUCUUUAUUUUCAUUUCCAUAGAUCCUGACUGGCUACCAAAGCCAUCAGAUAUAUGAAAUAUCUUCCAUCUCUCACAGUGACAUAACAGAGUAUGUAAUUUCAGUAAAUGUAAGCCAUUAUUUGCUCAAUGUCAAUGUCAAUGUUUAGGGAUCGAAUAUCCUAACACAUAUGAAAUAUGAUUGAUUUUCAUCUUUAAAGUAAAUUUGUAUCCAUGACAUUAAUUUUUUACAUUAAAUAAUUUUUGCUGUGGAAUUUCUCUAAACAGAAGCAAAAUGUUGUAACACUUUAGUGAUAUGGUGGAACAUCGUAUCUAAAUAUAAUGUGUCUUAAUGCGUAUUUCACUUUUUCAUUAAUCACUGACAUGGUC